AUGAGCGCCGAGCACGGACAGCUGCAGCAGUCUGGGGGCCGGCGGGGCCGGAGUCCUGGGGACAAGAAGUCCAGAAGGCGCAGCCGGCGCAAAGAAACCUACUCCAUGUACAUCUACAAGGUGCUCAAGCAGGUGCACCCCGACAUCGGCAUCUCCUCCAAGGCCAUGAGCAUCAUGAACUCGUUCGUGAAUGAUCUGUUUGAGCGGCUGGCCGGCGAGGCCGCCCGGCUGGCCCAGUACUCAGGCCGAACCACACUGACGUCCCGGGAGGUCCAGACAGCCGUGCGUCUGCUACUGCCUGGGGAGCUGGCCAAGCACGCUGUGUCCGAGGGCACCAAGGCCGUGACCAAGUACACCAGCUCCAAGUGA